ACUGAAUGCGACAAGACAUCAUCAACCUACAAUUUUAUCACUGAGGAAUCUGCAACAACAGAGCCUUCAAUCCACCUCCACAAUGAGUGGCAAUGGCCUUUCUUAUGGCCUAAACAUCACAAAGAAGGCGAAGCCGAUAGGUUUUCGCCCCCCACCCGGGAAGAGGAAACCCAUCUUCGACUCUGAUGGCGACUCCGGCGACGACGACACCAGCAAAGGCGGCGCCGCCGAAGAAAUCGGCGAAUUCGGCGGCCUAGACCUCCCUUCCAGCAGCUCCUCCAGCAAGCCCUCCAAACCCUCAUCCAAACCCUCCAGCAAACCCAACCCCCUCUCCAACCCCCCCACCGGCGCCAAACCCAAAACCAAUACCCCCCAAUCCCUCUAUGGCGACCUCUCGACCUCCUUCAGCUCCUCCAAACACGCCGCGACAGCCGAAUCCAUAGAUUCAAGCAUCUACGACUACGACGCCGUCUACGACUCCCUCAAACCCGUCAAGACCGUCACCGAAGCCGACAAGGAGCGGAAACCAAAAUACAUGACCUCCCUCCUCGCCGCAGCCGCGGUGCGCAAGCGCGAUGCUACGAUUGCAGAGGAGCGGAAGCUGGCGAGGGAGAGGGAGGCGGAAGGGGAGGAGUACGCGGAUAAGGAGAAGUUCGUGACGGAGGCGUAUAAGAAGCAGCAGGCUGCUAAUCGUAUCGCGGAAGCUGAAGAAAAAGAAAGAGAAGAGAGAGAGGCAAAGGAGAAUAAGAAUACGGGGUUUACGGGGUUUUAUAAGGAUUUAUUGGAGAAAGAUGAGAGGAGGCAUGCGGAGAUUGUGAAAGCGGCCGAGGAGAGGGGGAAAGCUGGCCCGGAAGCGAAGGUGGAGGAGGAAGAAGGGGGGGAGAAAUCGGAGGCCCAGAUUGCGAGGGAGAUAAAUGAGAGGAAAGAAGGUGCCAUCGCUGUCAACGACGAGGGGCAGGUAGUUGAUAAACGCCAACUCCUCAAAGGCGGCCUCAACAUAAUCCCCGAAGCCAAGCCAGCCGCGCCCGCGCCCCGCCACAACCGCGACACUCUGGCAGAUAGGCGGGGUGCGGCGUUCGUGGGCGCGGGCGGGGGGAAGCAGGCUAUGAGAGAUAGGCAGACGAGGAUGAUGGAGGCACAGUUGGAGGAGGCGACGAAGAGGGCGAGGGAGGAGGAGGAGGAGGAGAAAGAGAAGGUGGAUAGGGCUAGUAAGAGUCGGAAGACGGAAGGGGAGAUUAUGGGGGCGAAGGAGAGGUAUUUGUUGAGGAAGAAGGAGGCGGAGGAGGCGAGGAGGAGGGAGGCGGAGGGGAAGUGA